UCCUCGGCCCCCCCCUUUUUUUCCCCGUCCCUCUGUGUGCAGAGAUAUAUCUGUAUCAAACAGGAAUAUACUGGGCUGGAGUUAAGUAUACAGGGGUACAGAGAGGGGAACACGGCAGAGAGAGAGAGGAAUUUCAGCUGAUUCCCAGCUCCUCCUCGUAUCGCAGCCCGAAGUGGGCGGGAGGGGGAGAGUGAGAACACAGACCGGCUGUGUCUCCAACAUGUCAUCUGGAAGGAUUUGUUUUGGAGAAAGGGUGGGGGAAAUGACAGCGGAGUGACCGAUCUCAAAUGGGAACAGUUGGUACGCUGUUACUGUCUCUCCCAGGCCCUGUCUGUGUUACGUUCUUGUUUCGCCAGUCCAGCUCCCUCCUGAAGUUACAUCCCGUUGUAGGGAGCCCAAAUACUGCGGACAUUGUGACAAUUCAUCGCCAUGGCAAUGAUUCAGGCAAUGCCCGUAGCUUCUGAGCAUCAGAAUUCUGAGAGUGAGCACAAACUGCAAACAUCUGCAGCAUCGCCGAUCUUGCAGAGCACCAUGGGAAGUGUUGGCAGUCUCGUAUCAGGACGCAACUAUCAUGACAAACACUGCAGGGCUACGGAGUACAACAGCAAAUGUCGCAAGACCGGCCAAAUGCCGAACAUUUUCAGGCAACAGGGUGGGCACCUCAAAAACGGCUACUCUCAGGACUGUAUUGGUGGAGUAGCUUCCAAGAGGCAAUGUUCAGCAGUUGGAAAAAGUGGGACUUAUGCUUACUUAACCGAAGACCACCGCAAUGGAGUCUGGAGCAUGACAGAAUCGCCCAGCAGCCCUUGCAGCAAUCCUGAAGAUUUCCGCGAAGCCAGGUCGACCAGUGGAAAUAUCCAAGGGCCCCCUCCAAAAAUAAUUCCGGUCUCAGGCAAACUCGAGAAGAACAUCGAGAAGAACUUAAUCAGACCAACAGCGUUCAAGCCGGUACUGACCAAGAACAGGAGCUCGGUGCAGUACCUUGUCCCUCGUCCGGCUAACGGGGGGCUGUCCGACAGUCAGGGCAGUCUCAACAUCUUGUUCAAUGGGGGCUCAGUGAGCUCAGUGAACUCUGUGGAAAAGCCCAGCUCCUUGCAGGCGUACAACUGCAGGAGCAGCGUGCACUCGGGAACGAUGUCGGACUCUGGGAGGAACUCCCUGUCCAGCCUCCCGACGUACAGCACAGGCUGUGGGCCACACCUCGAGGGGGGAGCCACGGAGGCUGGAGGGCAGCAGCAGCAGCAGCACAUGUUCCAUGAGAGGGGCGUGCCGGGGGGACUGUCGAACUCCGACAGCGGCCGCUCCUCGUCCAGCAAGAGCACGGCGUCGCUGACCAGCCGCGGGCCCCUACUGUCUGAUGGCGGCUCCUGCGACCGCUCGCCGGUCUCCGCCCAAGAGCUGCUGGUCCGUGAGCUGGAGGACAAGCUGAGGGAACGCGACGCCGAGCUGCAGCAGCUGCGCCUGGGCCUGGAUGAGAGCGAGUCCGCCCUGUGCCGGCUGUAUGAGGCGAAGCGGUGCCGCUGCGAGCAGGAGAUGGAGGAGCUGAGGCAGAGCUGCACUAAUAAGCUCAAGCAGAACGCCCAGAAGGCCCAGAGGGUGCAGCAGGUCCUGCAGCUGCAGCUCUUCCAACUCCAGCAGGAGAAGAAGAAACUCCAGGAGGACUUUGCCCAGUUGCUGCAGGAACGCGAACUCCUGGAGAAGAAGUGUGCGACCAUCGAGAAAGAGCAAACCGAGCUCGGGCCCAGACUGGAGGAAACCAAAUGGGAGGUUUGCCAGAAGUCUGGAGAGAUUUCUCUGCUGAAGCAGCAGCUGAAGGACUCACAAGCUGAGCUCUCUCUGAAGGGCAAUGAAAUCAUCUCCUUGAAGGCUCAACUCCGGGAGAUACGAGCUGAACUCCAAGAUCAUGAGGAUGAGAUUCACGAGUUCCGGGAUUCUGUCCACACAAAGACCCUGGAGCUGGAGGUCUGUGAGAAUGAGCUGCAACGGAAGAAGAACGAGGCCGAGUUUCUGAGGGAGAAGGUGGGAAAACUGGAGGAGGAGACAGUGGGCCUGAGGGAAGCCCUGGGCCACACGAGACACAUGAACCAGGAGCAAGAAGACCCUGCCCUGGUCUACGAGAGUGACGAAGCCAAGGUGCAGCGGCAAAACACGGACAGCCAUCAGACCCUGAGGCAGCAGGUGGAGAAACUGAGGGCUGAGCUCAUGUACGAGCGCAAGAGGUGUGAGAACCAGCUGGAGAACUUCGAGGUGGAGCGGCGCACCUGGCAAGGCGAGAAAGAGAAGGUGAUUCGGUACCAGAAGCAACUGCAACACAACUAUAUUCAAAUGUACAGGAGGAAUCGAGAGCUGGAAAGAGAAAUGAGGCAACUCACUUUGGAACUGGAGUCCAGGGAAAUAGGUGGGAUUGAAGUUCAAAACAAAGAGAUUCGAUUUGAGGAAAUCACUGCGACAGAAAUCUAACUUAAAGAGACUUUAGUGACGAACAAAAGCACCCAUGCCAAAUCUUGUGUUGGAUAAGUUUAAUACCGACAGAAUGGACAAUCAUUUUAAGUCUUUAACCUGUUCAAGUUUAUUCAGAUGUUCACAAUAAAAGGACAUUUAACGGCUUUCGAUAACCUGAUACAUUCUCCCUGCAGGUGCGUUUGGGCACCUCAAUCCUUUGCUUUCCUGGAGGUAGCUUAUUGUCUUCCUUUUUCUAUUACAUGCUGUCCUAUGUCAUGCCAUAUGAGUUGAGGGAGGAAAUAAAAUGAAAUAAAGCAGUCAGUAUUCACGUGUAACUACUGUUUAUACUGUUAACAGCCCAAUGUUGUCGAAAUGGUGGCCCUGUUAGCAGCCCCUAGCACUGCCAAGCAACUAUGUUUACAGUUUCCUAGUACGGGGAUGUUGGUGUUGUCUUUGAGUCAGUCUGCUUUUCUCGUUCUUAGAACAAUUGGCAAAUCUUCCUCCUGGUCACUCAUUCACCAUCACAAGACUAAUGGCUGAAAAAGCCUUUCAUCACUAAGGAAGAAAAGCAAUAAUGACAAAGAUUAACUGUGACAAAUCUUAUAGACAUGAAAAUACAUAAAAUAAAAACCUAAAUAUCCUCCUGGAAAGGUAAAAUGAAUUACAAAAUGGCAUGAAAUGAUGAAAUUGAUUUCCUUUCUUGUUCAAGUAGAAAUGAGCCUGAAUGUUGUGCCAUUUGUAUAUUUGAAGGUGCCCACCAUUAACCACAUUGUCUUGGGCUAUUUGUUUGUAAUGUUGGUUAUACAUUUUAAUCACAUUUCAAUAACACAUUGCCUACCCAUUAUGCUGACAUGGAAUGUUCCAAAUUCACGCAGAACAAUGACGCAAAGGUGAGGUUUGGAAAUGGGAUCCCAUGGGCGACAUGUGGUUUCUGAAAUUGGACGUGGAUGUGUCCAUGCUAAGUUUUUGUAAUAAGAGCAAAACACUGUGGAGGCUGGAAAUGUGAAACACACAUGGGGGACCACUGGAGAAACUCAGCAGGUCUGGCAGCACCUGUGGACAGAGAGAGAAACAGAUUAGAUUCUCUACGGUGUGGAAACAGGCCCUUCAGCCCAACAAGUCCUCACUGACCCUCUGAAGACUAAACCACCCAGACCAGUUCCUCUCUGACUGAAACAGAAUUAACGCUUCAAGUCUUAUAGGACUCCUCAUCACAUUAUUUCUGAGCUGGUUGUUUUGGAGAAGGAUAGGGAUGAGAUUAAUCGUUCCCAGUCUUUGAGCAUUGCCAUUGAUGUCAGGAGAAGGGACCCAGGCCAGGGCAGUCCAGUGGGAAUUCCAGCAAUUAGUUGAUGGUGAGGACUGCAGCUGCUGGAGAAUUAAGAGUCGAUAGAGUGUGGCACUGGAAAAGCACACCAGGUCAGGCAGCAUCCGAGGAACAGGAAAAUUGACGUUUCAGGCAGGCCCCUUCUUCAGGAAUACCCACCACCUCUUGUCCUGUAGUCACUAUGUGUGUGUACAGAGCAAGUACUCAGUACUGCACAGGGACAGCAGUGGACACAUAUUUCCUUCAGGCAGGUGCUCACUAAGCAUUAGAAUGUCUAAGAAAUGCUGAGCUGCUUGGCAAUGUGCUCACUCUCCUAUUCCCACAGGCUUUCAGCUAAUCCUGGGACCUGAAGAAGGGUUCCACCCAAAACAUCGACUUCUCCACCUCCUGGUGCUGCCUGGCUUUCUGUGUUCUUCCAGCCUCCUGCCUGUCUCCUGACAUUCUAGCAUCUGCAGGUUCUUUUGCCUGUAAUCUUGGGACCUAGUUGGCUGGAAAAGAUUCCAUCUCUCUCCUUUCCACCUCCCCCGCCAGUGACCCCAUGCAGCGGGUGCCCCCAGUACGCUGCGCCUGUGUGGGUGCCAACCCUUCUCAUUCUCCUUGAUCUGGGAAUACCUAUCGAGUCACUGGCUGGCCAACAAAACUGGGGUCCUGGCUGCUUUGGACAAGGGAAAGCAGGGAGAUCAAACUGCAGUUUUUAAAAAAAAACAUCAAACUCAGCGCUGAGAAAGAUACUGAGGAGAGGCAGAGAGCUUCAAGUGGAACAAAAUCUGCCAGAGCUGAUCAUUUUCUUCACUGCAACAACAUAACUGUAAAUGAUCUGUUUAUGAUGUUUAUCAUUUUGUAGAAAGUUUGAGAAAAGGUAUUUGCUAUAAUUGUGUUCCUCCCUAUCUCAAUGACUUUGCUUAAUUAAGUAAUAGAGUUGAGAGGGUGGUGCUGGAAAAGCACAGCAGGUCAGGCAACAUCUGAGGAACAGGAGAAUCAAUGUUUCGAAGGACUGAUGAAGGGCUUUUGCCAGAAAUUUCGAUUUUCCUGCUUCUCGGAUGCUGCCUGACCUGCUGUGCUUUUCCAGCACCACCCUCUUCACUCUAAUCUCCAGUAUCUGCCAUCCUCACUUUCACUUAAUUAAGUGAUAUGCAUUCAGUCUGAUAAGAAAUUUUAACCAGAUGAAAAUGAUGAUGAAAGUAUUUCAAAACAGCCAGCCACAUAUCCCCACCGGGUAUCUUGGGGCCUCUGCACUGCAAGCAAGGAGGACUCCAUAACCCUGUUGCUGUGUCGAGAGAGAUGGAGUGAUGUUAACUACCCAUAGUAAAUCUCAGAAGGUCUGAAACCCAUUAGUUCAGCACCUGAUCACUGUCACUGUUAUUGGUUACUCCAAUGGUUAAGACGUGAUUACCCGCCUCAAGAUUGUCUCGAUGGAGCAGGGAAGGAGGUUCUCCAGUUGGAAGGGUGGCUGUAUCUGUGGUGAGCUGAGAGAUGGCCAUUCCUUACCAGUGUAAGAAAUCAGACACUGUUCCAUAUCCUCAACACCCCUUGUUUGUUUGAGUUAUAAGGAGAGGCUGGAUGGGCUGGGACAUUUUUCCGUAGACCAUAGGAGGCUGAGGGGUAAUCUGAUAGAGGUUUAUACAAUGAUAAGAGGCAUAGAUAAGGUAGAUAUCCAACAACUUUCCCCCAGGGUGGAGGGGGAGUCUAAGACUAGAAGCAUAGGUUUAUGGUGAGAGCGGAGAGAUACAAAAGGGUCCAAAGGGACAAUGUUUUCACACAGAGGCUGGAGAGUCUCGGGGAUGGGCUACCAGAGGUAGUGGUGGAGGCAAAUACAAUUUUGUCCUUUAAGAAACAUUUGGACAGCUACGUGGAUGGGAUAGGUAUGGAGGGAUAUGGAUCAAACACAGACAAAUGGGACCAGACUAAUGGUGAAAACUGGGCGACAUGGAUAGGUUGGGCCGAAGGGCCUGUUUCCAGGCUGUCGACCUCCAUGAUUCCAUGAACUGAAAAGGGCAACCGCUAGCAGGAGUUGCUCUUUUGCUUCUGGCCAUUGCUGUUUUCAGCUCGAUUCAUUGGCUGUGAUAGACGCAGACCCUGUCGCUCCCCAGUAAAGAUUGGGGUAUUCUUGGUUUUCUCUCUACCAUCACAAUACAGACAAGAUGCCAAGGGCUCGACCCGUGGAUUGGAUUAAACCUGUUCAUGCUCCACCUUUACCUUCUCCAAUAUUUUAAUUUGUGAUCAAUAAAGACUGCCCUACAUUAGGUUUUGUUCUGGAA